AUGGUUGCGAUUAUAAAAGGACGAAUUUUACCAAUACUUGCCGUGCGCGUCUUUUCAUUUGGAACGGAAACAGUUACACCAAGAAUCCGAGAGUUUGAUUCAUAUUCGGAACUUGAAAAGUUCAUUCGUGAUUCGGUUGACCCUAUAGUAUUACCUGGUGUUACUUUGUUUUUAAAAUUUCCAUGGCUUGGUAACAUUGGUCAUUCGCUCUUUGAUGGACUAUAUCCUGCCUAUGUUGCAUUAAUUCAUUUUCCACCUAGACAUCUUCACCCAUUUCGUUUGCUUUGUGCCAUAGACGAAUGUAAAAAUUGUCAGGAUGAAGAUAUACUCAAUCGAUUUGCUGGUCUCGGUAUUAUUAAGCACUAUGUUCUAAAUGAUAUGUCAUAUGGAAAUUGGCUUGUUUUUGAUGAGUUUGUGAUGGGUGGUGGCAUGAUGUGUCAGCGAUGUACACAACCUAAUCUACAAUUACCUGGAGGAGUCGAAUUGGAUGGUUCUAGACUGUUUCGUGAUCGACUCUAUGCUCAACAUGGAGUCAUUCCACCGACUAGACGAUACAAAAAUUCUGCAGAAGGUCGAAAUCGACACGACGUACUCCAUGCUUAUAUAAUAGAUAAUAAACGCUUCACCAAUAUCGACAGGAAAGAAAUCAAUGCUGCGAUAAAUGAAGUUAACAACUAUACUAUUGCCCAUCAAAAUAAAAACAUAACUGAUAUUAACAAAUUAGAUUGGCCACUUUUAAAUGUCUCAUAUGUAUAUUAUGGCUCAAUCAAAGGUCGAAAAAGGAAAUCAUCUCGGUUCAAUGCAACUCCAAUAGAUGCAAGAUCACCAACGUAUGAAUUGAUAGAAACCCAUUUCACGGGCCAGCUACGAUUAUUGCGCACUACGGAUAUUCAAAUCACAGGACCUGGUACAGGUUCAAUGUAUCAAUCAUUCGUGCCGGAUGGAUCAGUGGUCAUCAAUGUCGGUGGCUUAAUACCAUUGACACCAAAAGACCAAAAUAUAACGUAUACAGGGUAUAUGGAACAGUACAUGGCAUCUGGCGCACCCUAUCUCAAGGCCCUCUAUUAUCCGAUUAAUGAAAGACCAAAAGGAAUAAAACGAGAAGAAUUAAUGAUGAAAGGAAAUAUUAUUGAUCAAAUAUUUAAAUUGACUCAAGAUCAUUUAAAAGACAAAGGAUAUGAUUCGAAAAAAUUGGAUUCAAUCAAAGAUGAAUUUAUACAAUUAAUGAAUAAUCUAUCAGAUAAUAAUGAAUUUAAUAAAUUAGAUGAUGAGAAAAAAGCAGGUAGAAUAAUAAUUAUUAAAACAUUUGAUUUCUAUAUUAAUUAUAAAUUAGGUUUUAUCCAAGCAAAACUUCAAAAAAUGAUUUUGGAUAAAUAUGAUAAUGAUCCGAAUGUACAAACUAUUGUUGAUAAAACUCGAUCUUCUACUUUACCAAUCAUGCGAAGUCAUAUUGAGAAAUUAAAAGCUAAUCAAGGUGAUCAGAAGGCAAAUCUUGAUGAAGAAGUUCAAUCAUAUCCAACACGACAACAAGAACAAAGAGAUUCUAUAAAAUCUGAAUCUAAUAUGAUUUCAAACGUUCAUUCGUCUCAUCAAAGAACGAAUAUAUUGAAUUCAGACUAUAAUACAAAUCCUUCAAUAACAAAAGUAAUUUUAUCAUCUCUUCGAAUCAAAAUUCAAUGA